GGGAAAUUUUUCUUGAGUGUUUGAAAAUUCCAAACGGGUUCUCAGGGUCUUAUGCAAGGGAAUCCUCCGCAGCUUCCGCUUUAUCUGCCUAGUUGUGUGUGCGAGAAGGCGCUGUGCGCAGGCUGCUCUUCCUCUUUUAGCUGCUCUUCGAGGAGCUAAAAAUUCUUUCCAUGUUACUUGCAAGCUGAAACAGGUCUGGACACAUGGGAAGGCACAGAGUUGAGUUCUUCAGUAGCAUAGCGAAGUAGUUUCGUAGUGAGUAUUAUAAAUGUUAGUGAUCAUGCCAGGCCCUUGAUUCAUUCUUUCCAAAUAGUUACUGAGAACCCAGUCUUCGCUGCUAAGCUCUGCAGAAACUGGAGAGGGUCGGAUAUGAAGAAUCAACAGUUCCCCAGCAGCACUUCCUCAAAGGCCCAUGGUGGUGGUGCCUGUUCCCAGUCCCAAGGUGGCACUUUCUCUCCAUUGCACGAUCUCUCCUCACAGUCUCCAGGCACAUCCAGUUCCUCCACCAGCACAGUGCCAUCUUCCAGCCAGUCCUCACAUUCCAGCUCUGGGACGCUGAGCUCUUUAGAGACAGUGUCCACUCAGGAACUCUGUUCUAUUCCUGAGGACCAAGAACCCGAGGAUCCUGGUCCUGUCCCAUGGGCUCGGUUAUGGUCUCUUCAGGAUGGAUUCUCCAAUCUAGACUGUGUUAGUGACAACUACUGGUUUGGGAGGGAUAAAAGCUGUGAGUAUUGCUUUGAUGGACCACUGCUGAGAAAGACUGAGAAGUAUCGGACGUACAGCAAGAAGCACUUCCGUAUUUUCAGGGAAAUGGGCCCUAAAAAUUCUUACAUUGUGUAUAUAGAAGAUCACAGUGGGAAUGGAACCUUUGUAAACACUGAGCUCAUAGGAAAAGGGAAACGCCGUCCUUUGAGUAACAACUCUGAAAUCGCACUUUCUUUGUGUAGAAAUAAAGUUUUUGUAUUUUUUGAUCUGACUGUAGAUGAUCAGUCAGUUUAUCCUAAGGAAUUAAGAGAUGAAUACAUCAUGUCAAAAACUCUUGGAAGUGGUGCUUGUGGGGAGGUAAAAAUGGCUUUUGAGCGGAGAACUUGCAGGAAAGUAGCCAUAAAGAUCAUCAGCAAACGGAAGUUUGCUCUCGGCUCAUUGAGAGAAGCAGACAUGGCUCCCAGUGUUGAAACGGAAAUAGAAAUUUUGAAAAAACUAAAUCAUCCAUGCAUCAUCCAGAUUAAAGAUGUUUUUGAUGCAGAAGAUUAUUACAUUGUUCUGGAGUUGAUGGAAGGUGGGGAGCUCUUCGACCGGGUGGUGAACAAACGCCUGAAGGAAGCAACCUGCAAGCUCUAUUUCUACCAGAUGCUUUUGGCUGUGCAGUACCUUCACGAAAAUGGGAUUAUACAUCGGGACCUAAAGCCAGAGAAUGUUCUUUUGUCUUCUCAAGAAGAGGACUGCCUUAUCAAGAUCACUGAUUUUGGACAGUCAAAGAUUUUGGGGGAGACAUCACUGAUGAGAACUUUAUGUGGUACGCCGACUUAUCUGGCUCCUGAGGUCCUUGUCUCCAAUGGGACUGCUGGGUACAGCCGUGCGGUAGACUGCUGGAGCUUAGGAGUUAUUCUUUUCAUCUGCCUUAGUGGGUAUCCGCCUUUCUCUGAGCAUAAGACUCAAGUGUCACUGAAGGAUCAAAUCACCAGUGGAAAAUACAACUUUAUUCCUGAAGUCUGGACAGAUGUUUCAGAGAAGGCUCUGGACCUUGUCAAGAAACUGUUGGUUGUGGAUCCAAAAUCUAGGUUUACCACUGAGGAAGCCUUGAAUCAUCCAUGGCUACAGGAUGAGUGCAUGAAGAAAAAAUUUCAGGAUCUACUGGCUCAGGAAAAGAAUUUGAUGGCCCUCCCCUUGACUCCCGCUCAGCCUCCCAGUCGAAAGCGGCCCCUGGAACAGGAUGUGGAGGAUGUUAAGAACUCAAAGUAUCGCACCGUAUGUGAUGAACUGGUUUGAACUUAACUGGUAGCGCACAUCUUUAAAUCCCAGCACCGGGGAGACAGAGGCAGGUGGAUCAUUGUGAGUCUGAUGCCAGCCUGGUCUACAGAGCAAGUUCCAGGACAACCAGGGCUGUUACACAGAGAAAUCCUGUCUCUCAAAACCAAAAAGAAAAAGAAAGGGAAAAAAAAAGGAAGAAAUGUGCUUUUUUUUUUAUACUGCUGUUGUCUUUUCCACCGAGAAAAGUCUUUUUUUUUUUUAAGCUAUGUAUUUUAAUGGUGAGAAUAACUGCUUUUCCAUCACUGAUACUAUUAUGCCCAGAUCAUGGAGUCCCCCAUAACUAACUAGAAGACCAAGGCCUGUAUGUAAAAGCAAAGAGCCUUUAUUACACAAGCUUGCAUACUUGAGCUCUCCAUGUGUCCAUCACAUUGGAGUAGUUGGAGAGUUGGCUUAGUUAGGGUUGGGUUUUUGUGGUA